GGAACCUUGAACAACCUCCACAACCUUAUUCUUUAACCUCCUCUCCCCCCCCCGCGCCAAUCCCUUUCCCUCCUCUUCAACCACCCAACCGCGACCUCUCCCUCCCGAUUCAACAUCCCAUCCUCCACCAAAAUGAGCUACAUCCUCACCCUCUCCUGCCCCGACCGCCCGGGCAUCGUCCACGCGGUGACGGCCUACCUGGUGCAGAACAACCUGAACAUCAUCGACUCGUCGCAGUUCGGCGACCCGACGUCGGAGCGAUUCUUCAUGCGCGUGCACUUCAAGCCGGAGAGCACGCCGGCGCCGACGCUGGAGCAGCUGCGGGAGGCGUUCGCGCCGACGGCGGAGAAGCUGGCGAUGACCUUCGAGCUGGUGUCGGCGACGGCCAAGCCGCGGGUGCUGAUCAUGGUGUCGAAGAUCGGCCACUGCCUGAACGACCUGCUGUUCCGGGCGUCGACGGGCCAGCUGGCGAUCGAGAUCCCGCUGAUCGUCUCCAACCACCCGGACUUCGCCGCGCUGGCCGCCACCUACAACAUCCCCUUCAUCCACUUGCCCGUGACGGCGGCCACCAAGGCCGAGCAGGAGGGCCGCAUCCUCGAGCUCAUCGCCGAGCACCAGAUCGACCUGGUCGUCCUCGCCCGCUACAUGCAGGUGCUCUCGCCCAAGCUCUGCGACGCCAUGUCCGGCAAGAUCAUCAACAUUCACCACAGCUUCCUGCCCAGCUUCAAGGGCGCCAAGCCCUACCACCAGGCCUACGACCGCGGCGUCAAGAUCGUCGGCGCCACCGCCCACUUCGUCACCAGCGACCUCGACGAGGGCCCCAUCAUCGAGCAGAACGUCGUCCGCGUCACCCACGCCCUCAGCCCCAAGGAGCUGACCCACGCCGGCUCCAACGUCGAGAGCAACGUCCUCGCCACCGCCGUGAAGUACUUUGCCGAGCACCGCGUGCUGCUCAACGGCCACAAGACCGUGGUGUUCAACUGAACACCCCCUGACACAAAAGUUAUAUCGAGAUAUUCUAUAUAUACAACAGAUUCAUGUACAAUCUAAUGUGGCUUUGAUUUUUUCAGCCCUCCCCCAACACCCAGGG